GGCGAGUGCUUCCGCAGGGACACUCACAUUAUCACAGUGUGAACAUCAGUAAGCGCGAAAAAGAGAAAAAUCAAAACAAAAGGAUUAAACUAAACCCUUCCCUUUUCCGGGGUUUUGCGCUGCGGUGGUGCUAGGGUUUUCGUUUUCGUUCUCGUUCUCUCCUCCAACAAUGGCUGAUACCACCACCGUCGACGCCUCUCUAUGGUGGGACUCAUUCACUCUCCUCCUCACUGACCUCGAGAAUUCCUCUCUCUCAUCAGAUCUUCCACCAAUUUUGGAGAAGAAGUUGAACGACAACCACGCUUGGUUCGUGGACACACUCUCACGCUUCAAGCCGCCCAGUCAGAAAUCCAAGGAAGCGUUGAAUUCCAAGAACCUCCAAAUUGGAUCUCACCACCUCACUAUUCAACCUCACCUCAGAGAUAAAGCUUUGCAGACUAGCUCCUGCUUGCUACUAGAUGAGGUACAAUCAUACAUACUUGUUGAAAGGAACGCCGCCAAUCUUAACAAUGCAGCUGCUGAUUCCAUGGCUCCAGAGUUUCCUAACAUGAUGUUGAUCCAAUACUACAAAGAGCGGCAGUGUUUGCUGAAAUGCAUCAGGUGGAUUUUCAUGCAUGCCAUCUACAUCGACCCUGUGUCUGAAAAAAGUACUGUGAAGGAGGAGGCAAGAAAGCUUCUUCAUGAUGGACUAGAAAGUAAAUUAGUAUCUUUCUUUGAGGGCCUUUUGUCUUGCAGUUACCCAGAGCAAAUGGAUAUUGAUCUUUUUACUCUGUGGGCUGAGGAGACUCUAAUUGAAGACAACUUGGUUCUAGACAUCCUUUUCCUGACAUAUUAUGACUCAUUUUGUACAUGUAGUGGUGAAAUAUGGAAGAAAUUUGCUGCCCUGUACAAGGGGAUCAUAGGUGGUGAUUAUAACUUGGGAAAGCUGGCCAUUACUACAGAAGCACAAGAGUUGUCUUAUCACAUCAAAGUUCAGCUGCUGCUUAUUUUAAUAGAAACCCUGAACUUGGAGAAUCUUCUUCAAAUGGUUCAUGAUGAAAUACCUUACAGGAAAGGUGUGUUCACUUUUUCGUUGACUGACAUCCAAGAGAUGGAUGCACUAGUUUCUACUUUUAGUGUUUUUGAAAUGAAUGAAGCUGGUCCUCUAGUUCUCGCAUGGGCAGUAUUUCUUUAUCUACUCUUGACACUUCCAGAGAAAGAUGAUAACAAUGAGCUCAUGGAGAUUGAUCACAUUGGUUAUGUUCGUCAAGCUUUUGAGGCUGGAUCCUUACGUUAUUGUCUUGAAAUUCUUCAGUGUGACAUUUUGAAGGAUCAUGAUGGACCAGUGUCUGGUUAUCGCAGUGUUUUGAGGACAUUCAUAUCUGCAUUUAUUGCAUCCUAUGAGAUCAACCUUCAGCCAGAGGACAUUAACUACACUUUGAUACUGGAUAUCCUUUGCAAGAUCUACCGUGGAGAGGAAUCACUAUGUAUUCAGUUUUGGGACAAGGAAAGUUUUAUUGAUGGUCCUAUUCGGUGUCUUCUUUGCAACCUAGAGAGUGAGUUCCCUUUCAGGACAGUAGAACUUGUUAGAAUGCUAUCAGCCCUCUGCGAAGGAACUUGGCCUGCAGAGUGUGUGUAUAACUUUCUAGAUAAGUCUGUAGGUAUAUCAUCCUUGUUUGGGAUUAGUAGUGAUCCGCAGGCAGAUGAUGCCUGCCAUAUUGUUGAGGCACAACAGGCAGUGGGAGUUCCUGGUAUUGAAGGUUUGGUUAUUCCCUCUGGAACUCGUGGGCGUGUCUUGAGAGUUGUUGGACAGAAUACUGCCCUUGUACGAUGGGAGUAUUCACCAUCUGGAGUGUUUGUGUUGCUCCUACGUUUGGCCCAAGAGAGGUAUUUGAAUAACAAGGAGGAAGUUUUUGUCACUCUUGACCUUCUCAGUAGAUUGGCGUCUUCUAACACUGGUGUUUGUUUUGGUAUGAUGAACAUUCGUAACUCUCUGCAAUUUCAUGCUAUUGACUUGGUGAAUGAGCAGGAUAAGAAGAAUGUCUGGAUUGUCGAGAUAAUUUGCAAUCUAGUCAAAAAUCUUCCCUUAAAUUCCUAUGGUGCUGCACUUAUGUCAAUGAGCGUUAAGAUUUUGUGGAUAAUGAUGACUUGUUGUCCAUCUAGUGUAUCAGCAGCCACUCUAAAUGCAAAUCUAUUUGAUAUCACUUUGCAGACAAGUGUUUUCAGUGCAGGCACUAGUAACUUCUCAAGACUGGCUAGGAUGCUUUUAAUCGACUGUGAGCAGAACAGUAACGACUUCCCCUUGGCAAUAUCAGUGCUAGACUUCACCAUACAGCUUGUAGAAACAGGAAUAGAGAAUGAUGCUCUCUUGGCAUUGAUCAUAUUCUCUUUUCAGUAUGUCCUGGUCAAUCAUGAGUAUUGGAAGUACAAGGUGAAGCAUAUUAGAUGGAAAAUAACAUUGAAGGUUCUUGAGUUGGUGAAAAAAUGCAUUAUAUCGCGGCCUUAUAAUGGUAAAUUGGGUGAGAUCGUGCACAAUGUGUUGUUCUGUGACUCUUCCAUCCACAACAUGCUCUUCCAAACUGCUUGCACUACUGCACAUGCUUUGGAGAAAUUACACAUAAGCCGCUUAUUUGAUCCACUGGAAAUUGAAGGGUUACAGCUUGCUAUAGGUUCUGUUUUAGAUAUUCUUUCAGUCAUGCUGACCAACCUUUCGAAGGAUACCUUGUCAAGCAUUCCUGUUUUUCUCCAGGCAGUGUUCUCUUGCGCAACAAAACCAGUUCCUCUCAUCACUUCUGUCAUAUCCUUGAUCUCAUAUUUUCGAGAUCCUGCCAUUCAAUUUGGUGCUGUCAGGUUUAUUUCAACAUUAUUUGCCAUAACGGAUUGUGUUCAACCGCUUUCAUAUGGAACGUCGUUCUUUGCUCCAGAUAAUCAGGAGAUCAUAUAUUUGAGGCACUCUGUGAGCUGCAUACUGCUGGAGCAACCAGAGUCGAAUGAAGAUCUCUUUGUUGCAACUGUUAAUCUGUUAACUUCUGCAGCAUAUUACCAGCCUUCUUUUAUUGUUGCUAUCAUGGCUCUAGAGGAAAACAGUGAAGACCACUCAAAUACCAGUGAUGCAAGGCUGCAAAAAAAUGAAACUUUUGUUGUACCACUAGUUUCUAAGAUUUCCAGUCUCGUAGAUGCACUUAUGCACUAUAUUGAAAGGGCAGAUGAUCUGAUCAACAGUAAACCCUGCAUCCUGCUUUGUAUACUUAACUUCAUGUUUGCCUUAUGGCAAGGGGCUUCUCAGUAUGCAAAUUUCUUGGAGUUCCUAAGAACCCGUGAAAAGCUUUGGGAACACUUGGCCAAUGCAAUCUUGAACAGUGCUAGCUGUGAAACUCCUCUACUUGAGAGUCUAAAAGAAAAAGAUGCUCUCAAUCUGGCGUACACUUUCCGUUGUCAGUCUGCCAUACUGGGAAUCAUGGCAUAUGAAUUAUUCUUUCAGAAAAAGUUGUUGCACGCAGAGUCACUUGUGAAGAAUACAGCUGAAUCUAAGGACAAGGAGCAAAAUGCCACAAAAACUCAAAAAUCUAAAGCCACAGAUGUUCCUGAUCUUAAGCGAAUCUGGUCUUCAUGGUUCAAAGAGGCCUUUUUAGAGAAACUAAUAAAGUCAUAUAUGUGUGAAUUUAAUAGUGAUAUAUAUCAUGGUGCAAAGGUUGCCACCACUUUAUUCUCUGUUCAUGUGAUGGUAAAAUCCGCAGCCAGUGACUCUGGAAGUUUAUCUGUGUCAUUGCUUCAGAAGAUUCAUGGAAUUCUGACAAAGCUGAGCAUUCAACCUGCUUUCUCUGAAUUGCUAUCUCAGUAUUCACAACGUGGUUACAGUGAGGGGAAAGAACUAAAGAAAUUGAUUCUCAAUGAUCUCUAUUAUCAUUUACAAGGAGAGCUCGAAGGAAGGAAAAUUGGUAUUGGACCGUUCAAAGAAUUAUCUCAGUAUCUUCUUGAAUCAAAUUUUUUGGGAACCUAUCAACGCCAGUUCAAUGAAGAUUUUUUUGCAAAGAACGUGUACUUGUUUGACCUUGUACAGUUGCGAGCAGAUUUGAGAUUAAAUAUGUGGGAUUGUUCUGAUUGGAGAACAUCUAAGGAGAUAGCAGAAACUAUGCUGCGUUUCCUGCAGGAUGCAAACUCAGUUAUGUUGUUUUCAAGUUCAAAGCUUUCUGCACUAAAAGGACUUACAGCAGUGUUGGCCGUCUAUCAUGAUGAUUCACUAGGGAUGGCUGCUACAAGAGAGCGGAUGCCGGAUGAACUCAUGGUCACUUGCAUAGAUAUUACAUGCCAAUCUUUCCUUGCAACCAUUGAGACAUUAUCAUCUGUUCUAGAUGCCUCUCAGGAUAUGCUAAAUUUUCUUGCAUGUCAAGUAGAAUUACUCCUCUUGUUGGCAAGAGUCUGGAAAGGCCUAACCUUAUCUGUAUCCCAACUUGUUUUGAAAUGUGCAACUUCAGGUCUUAAAAUAUUGAGUGAACUUAAAUUGGUACCUUCUGAGGCUAAUUUGAUCAUGAAGCAAUUACUCACAUUGCUGCUUUUGGUACUUCAGUCCAACUCUUUCAGUUCACAUUCAGGUGGGGCAACAAAUGAGAGUUCUAGUGAGGAUUUCUCAACAGUUUCAAAUGCAACCCUUGGCCUACUACCCAUUCUUUGUAGCUGUAUUGCGACUUCUGAGCAUUGCAUGCUGUCCCUAUCAGUCAUGGACGUUAUACUGAGAGUCUUCUUGGUGCCCAGGACUUGGUUACCUGUCCUGCAGAAUCAUCUUCAGUUGCAGUUUGUUAUGCUAAAGCUCCAAGAUAAAAAAUCUGCAGCUCCGACAAUAAUGAAAUUCUUCUUAACCCUUGCACGGGUUAGAGAAGGUGCUGAUAUGCUAUAUUGUUCUGGCUUCUUGUCAUCUUUGAGAGUGCUGUUUGCUGAAUCUGAUGAAGCUUUCCUUAGAAUUGGUAGUGAGAAUCCUGGCAGCUCAUCAGAAAAGUUCGAGACACUUCAAGACAUCUGGGGACUUGGAUUAGCCGUGGUUACUGCUAUGGUUCAAUCCUUGGGAGACAGUUCUUCUGGCACUGCUAUUGUGGACAGCAUGAUGCCUUACUUUUUCUCAGAGAAAGCUCAUCUUAUUUUUGAUUCCUUAAAUGCCCCAGACUUCCCUUCUGAUGAUCAUGACAAGAAAAGACCUCGGGCACAGAGGUCGUGUAUAUCUUUUGGUAAUCUUAAAGAAACAGAACAUACUCUGAUGCUCAUGUGUGAGCUAGCAAAACAUUGGAAUUCAUGGAAUAAGGCAAUAAAAAAUGUGGAUAGACAACUUCGAGAGAAGUGUAUCCAUCUUUUAGCCUUCUUUAGUAGGGGAACUCAACGCCUUAGUGAAUCAUCAAGUAGGAAUGCCCCUCUUCUGUGUCCACCUACUGUUAAAGGGGAUUUUGAAAUUGCCUUAAAACCUUCAUAUAUCAAUAGCAGAAAUGGAUGGUUUGCUCUUUCACCACUUGGAUGUGUGCCAAAACAGAAGACCCCUCCUUUUUCAACUGCUUUAUCUAUAUACGAUGGUCAAGCCGCUGGGUCUACUGAUGCUGUUCCAAAAACAUGCUUCUCUGACACUGUUGCUGUGCAGGUGUAUAGAAUUACAUAUCUUCUUUUACAAUUUCUGUGUUUACAAGCUGAGGGUGCUUCUAAAAGGGCUGAGGAGGUAGGGUUUGUUGAUCUUGCACAUUUUCCUGAACUUCCAAUGCCAGAAAUCUUGCAUGGACUGCAGGAUCAAGCUUCUGUCAUUGUUGCGGAGCUCUGUCAAGCCAAUAAACUGAGGGAAUCCCCAGAAACACAGAAUGUUUGCAAGUUAUUGUUGCAAAUACUUGAAAUGGCCUUGUACUUGGAACUUUGUGUUCUACAAAUUUGUGGCAUAAGACCUGUAUUAGGACGUGUGGAGGACUUCUCAAAGGGAGCCAGAUCUUUAUUUAGUGCAUUGGAGGGUCAUGCUUUUCUAAAAGCAUAUAGGAAAUCUUUAAAGCAGAUGAUAUCAUGUAUCUAUCCUGGACUUUUGCAAGCAGAGGGUUUGAUUUAAGAUUUGUUGUAAACAAAAUAGAAUAUUGUUAAUUGUAAACAAAAUUUCCCAGUCCCAUUUUAGUCAGCUUUCUCCCGCUGUAUGUAGCUAGACAUUCCGAGUUGAUAGGUGAAUGUGGAUGUUGGCAUGUUGCAGUAAAGGGCUAUCGAAGUAGUAGAUUCGUAGUUUUCUUGCCAGAUUGCAAGUCAUAGCCCAAAGGUUUUGUACAUAAUUUAAUCAUUUAUUAUCCUCUAUUGGCAAUGGCAUUAACGACCUUAAAUUA